UGAUUAUCCCAUAAAGUUGUUGCCUUUUUCAUUUUUGUUGCUUGUUAAUGCCUCGCAUCAUUACGGGCGUCGCCCCUGGCAUCCCUACAGGGGCAUCACUUCCUGGCAGGCAGGGAUUUACAGCGAAUCGCAUUGCUGGAAGCUGGCAGCUAGUGACGUAAUGGGGGCCACUCAGCACAGAGUUUCUGCAAGUGCUUAUUUCCUUGCAGAAAAAGGCGGCUGCAUGAGGAUGAAAAGGCAUAUAAUUGCUGUCCUUUAUGCCACCACUUGGCAUCCCCGAUGCACCCGGUGGAGCCAAUGCAAAGAGCAAAAAACAAUUUAAAAAGCAUCUGAGAAUGCAUUAUCAUUAGAACAAAUAGGCUAUGGCCUACUGAGCAUAUCACAACGUCUGCUGCCCCCCAGUUCAUUGGCCUGCUGUCUCAUCCAUGUGCACCCAAGCAAAUGCCUCGCCGAGCAGUGGCCCCCCACUUGUCAUUCCCGGCGGUCCACCAAGUGCUGUAAGCACCUGUAAGUGGAAAGCCCUUUACACGCAAAAGAGUGAGCCGUCGGCCGACUGGCACAGCGAGGCACCCCGCUGAAGAGAUUAAUUUGGAUGGGGCCAGCGUGCUUUAGCGCAACGCGCCCCAGUGCAGGUACCCGCGCCGGGGCGCUGCGAUUAGAACGAGGGAAGCUUCGGCGUGGCGGGCUUUUUUAGUUCUGUCGUGUGCGUAGGCAGGGUUGCCCUGGCACGUCCUGGUUCGAGUUUCAUGCCAGGGCAGUGCCGCAGCCACAAGACCAGUGUACUGUUGUAGCAGCAAAUAGCAAGGCAGCGGAACGGGCUUUAUGGGAAUCAAGGCAUGGCUGGGCUGAAAAGGAAAAAGGUCGUCUUGUUAUACAGCAACAGCAACAGGAGUAUAUUGUAAUUUCGUAUAUGUUUGCGUGUCUUUUUCUUCUCUUCAUUUUUUUCUUCACCCACAUUCUUUAGCAGGAAACAAGCAGCGCUGUAAAUCCGUGCGAGUCUCAACGACACACAUCCCGCAAGCCACGCGACGCCCUUUUUUAGGCCCUCUCUUCGGCAGCAGUCCGCCCACUACAGCUCUGCAAAAUACAGGGGGUCUGUUGGCGGCCUUCCGACACACUUGAGGUCCCGUAUCGUGUCUGACCCAGUCUUUUUUUCCUUGCUGCGCAUUCUCUCGCUCACCUCACCUCACCUCUCCGCUCACGCUUUGCCUCUCAUCACGCUUUGUUUUUUUAGUCUUCUUCUUUUUCCUAUUCACUCGUUUCAGCUUUUCCCGCGCACAUCCUUUCGUUUCCCUAGUCGGCUCAUCCGCCCAGUCCCCCUUCGUUUCAGCGCCCCAGAUGCCCGUACGCUGCACGCCUUCAGUGUAAGAGCACCGCCAAACCAUCUGGGGCAUCGUCGACCGCCGCAUCCAACUCUCGAGCACUCCCGCUUGGGGCCUCGCGCCACCGCAACGUGCUUGACGUUUCAGCGAUCCCAGCGGCUGCCUGCCGUGCACUCUCGAAACACCGUCUAAUACAAUACGCUUUAUAUCGCCCACCAUGAUUCCCCCGGCAUCCACCCUCCAGCUCAAAAGCACCACGCCGCGCUACUCAAAGGCCCUUCCCGCCGUUCCUGGCCUCUUUGUAUCUGCUGCCGAAUCAGCUGUAUCCGAUCUUCCUCCUACGCCUCCUCCUCGCUCCAAGGAUCGAAAGCUGCCUACAGAAGCCAGAAGACUUGCGCUUGAGCAGAAAAAGUCCCUGCCUAACAUCAAGAAGGCUGCCAUCCCGCCAAAGAAGUCUCUCCCCGAUAUCAGAAAGCUGCCAGAUCCGCCAUCGCUAGCUGAUAAGACGCCGGCGGAAAUCAAAAAGUCCUUGGUUGGACCUCGCAAGCCCGUAGGAAGCUCAACGACCUCGUCAACGCCGAAGCCUGCGCCCAUCUCCAAGUCGAUACCCACGACUCCCGCGCCAACGCGCAAGGCCGUGGCUAGCCCUCCCACAGCUAUACCAACUCGCAAAGCUGUUGCAAGCUCCGGUAUUAUUCCAUCAGCUGCCGAACUCGCCGUUAUUGCGGCCAGCAACCCUUCGUCUCCAGCAACACCGCAAAAGAGCCUUCCACCAAAGCCGUUACCAAAUCCAAAAGCAUCUCCUGAUAAGCUAGCGCCUCCAAGUGGUAUUGCUAGAAAAGCCGUGGGAAAGAUGAAUCCCAUAUCACCUUACACCAUUUCAGAGCCGUCGCCCGCCAUCUCAAGCAUAUUAUCACCAUAUGCUCGUGGGUUUGACUCUCCGGUGGAGUCUCUGGAUGCCAGUACAGACCGAACCAGCUUUAACUCGAGCCGGCAACCGUCGCCGUUGCGUCUAACUAAAGAAGCCUCCCCAACAAAAACCUUACCUUCAAUCCCAGCUAAACAACCGACGCCGCCUCCCAAAUCCCCGGUCCGCGCCGAGCUCCCCGCGUCCAAUCUUGCCAAAACAUCUCCCCCGCGACCCGAGAUUUGGCGAAGGCGGCCUCAGAACAACUCAGGUAGUCGUGAGCUCCCGGAUCUCAAUCUCGGCCGCGGAUAUGGAUCUCCUGUCGCCGUACCCAAAGCGCCUUCGUCGCCAGAGAAAGAAAUAUCCGAUAUGCCAUCACCAACAAAACCAGCUCGCUCCAGACCCAACCCUACCGGACUUCCGGGCCGUAAUGUACGACCAGGAGCUGCCAAGGGUGCCGUUUCAAAUUCCUCAACGCGACGACCUGAUUUGGAUAUGUAUCCUUCUCAGAGACCACCAACACCAGAAUACCGAAAAUCCGAGGGAAAAGCGCCCAGCAUCGAAGUUGUCAAGAAGCCAGCAUCGCCAGUGUCAUCAUCGGCAGACUCACCUACGCGUUCCUCACCUGAUUUCACAUCGCGAGAUAUUCCACCUAAGCCCCCUAAGCACGACUUUAGUCUCCAGGCUGAACAGGUUCGUCGUCGACUGGCGGCAAAAGGUACUGGGGUUCCAGCACCUGCUCCAGCACCGGCUGCGUUGCCGGCACCUAUCCCAGUUCAAGAGCCUGUCCGUGCUCCAGUAAGAGCGCCGACUCCAACGAAGCCGCCACCUCCCGCAAAGGCACUACCAGUGCCACCAAAGUCGUCAAGUCCGGAUAACAAAAUGAUGUCCACACGCACAUCGGACGCAUCCUCGACCGUCAUGAGUGUGGUUACAGCCCGUACGUCGCCAAGCGAGACAUCAUCGCUGCAAGACUUUAGCGCUUCAUCUAGAAGCGAGUCUAGAGCAGCAGAGCAGCGAAAGCCAAUGGAGGGCCUUCGACCCGACCUCCGUGAUCCUCGCAUCGUGUACUCAGACGCUCAUGGGGCUAUGUACAAGGGCCGCGACGGCACUCUGUACCCGGAGAUGCGCAGCCUCGGUAUACCAGACUCUCGAGCAAUGUACUUCCCCAAGACGAAGCUGGAGCCUAUGCCUAAGAGUGGCGUGAUUACAGCGCCGGUUCUCAAGAUUUCACAUUACAACUGCUUCCAGCAACACAAGACCAUGGGACGACGCAGCAACCGCACGUAUCCGCUGACUUGCCAGACUUGCUGCAAAUCCGAUACCGAGGACCGAUGGGCCUGUUCGUUCUGCCACCUCCGCCUCUGCGAAUCCUGCUUGACCACCUUUAACGAGAACGACAAGGAUCUUAACCGACUAAUGGGGGCUCUUGCAGGCAGGCAGAUCUAAUGACAGCGACUGCCAUCCCUUUUCACCCGUAUACUCUAUUUCUCACUCCAUCACACCUGUAUCUUUACCUCCAUAUUUUGCCAUUUCGGAGCUGCCUCUCAUUUACCGCCAUACUCUUUCCUUUACUCCUACGCUGCAAAGGGUCCUUUGUUAUUCUGCGAGGAUUCAAUAUACCCCAGGGGUUUGUUUCCAUUUCUAUGUCGUCUGUAGCGACAAAUUUGCUAUAUGGCCUUGUAUCUUUUUUUUGUCUUUUUUGUCUACAACACUUACGAACACUGGUUAGAACCUUGUUUUUGUAUUAGUUGCUGCUGUAAGUGGCAGUCGGGACCAGCUUUUACGUAUCUCAUAGGCGGAGUUUUAGAAAAGUGUGAACCUUUUUGCAAAUUCGGCCAUCGCUAUAAUUUGAAAGUUUUUUGACGUUC